CGACUAAAUAAGACCGUUGUUGUUGUCUUGACCAAAUAAUGCCAUCACGCCAUAGCGGACGGCAUGAAGAGAACGUUCGGCUCUGAAACUAAAUUGUGAGAGGGUUUAAUUUUAAUAUAGAAAAUUAAAAUGGUUAAAAAAAAACCUCCUACAGUCCUACGGAGUAUAUCCGAGGGGGAAAAAAAAAAAUCAGAAAACAGAUGUUAUAGCGACUCUGCCUCACGAUGUGUAUUUUUUUUUAUGCGUUGAGAUUUUCCCCUCACCAUUGGAACCGGAAGGAAGGUCCUUCGAGACUGGAGUAGUGGUAGCCGACACGACAACCGCUUCUCUAGCUGGAGUCAAAGCUAAGCCCAAGCGAGCGGAGCUGCGGCAGCAAGGAAACGAGGGGCGAUCGAUGGCGGCGGACGCCGGCGGCGGCGGCGGCGUGGUGAAGCACAUCUUGCUGGCGCGGUUCAAGGAGGAGGUGACCCCGGAGCGGCUGGACCAGCUUAUCCGCGGCUACGCGGGCCUCGUCAGCCUCGUCCCCUCCAUGAAGGCCUUCCACUGGGGAACUGAUGUUAGCAUAGAGAACAUGCACCAAGGAUUCACCCAUGUGUUUGAGUCCACUUUUGAAAGCACAGAAGGAAUCAAGGAGUACAUUGAGCACCCAGCACAUGUUGAAUUCGCAAACGAGUUCUUGCCUGCAUUAGAGAAGACCCUCAUAAUCGACUACAAGCCAACUUCCGGAAACAACAGUUGAGAUUAUACAGUUUGGGUGCUUUUUUCAUCGUUAAUUGCACUACGGAAUGCUGCGGGAGAAUUUUAUUUUUAGUUAUCCAAAUUUGAACUUUCUUGCUGAAUAAAUUUGUCCUAUAUGUUUUUACCUAUCAAGAAGAGCGGUUCAUUUUGGUGUACGUACUCUAAAUAAUUUGCUUGUUAUGUUUUAAAAGUCAAUACAUGUACUCCUUAUUAACCAGAGUUGUCUUUCAAGCAUUGAACAGUUUUUACUGCACUUCAAAUAAUUAG